ACGGGUCAGUGGGUGUGGCGGCAUUGGGUGGCUGACACAAUUAGCAUACCCCUACUACGAAGGGUUUACUCAUGUGCUCGGGGGAAAAAAACCCGAAAAUACCUUCGAAAAUAUGCGAGUCCCAUAUCACCUUUUUCACCUGAACUUGCUGCUACCUGAGUUUGUUGCCUAAGUCUUUCGUUAGUCCGUCCUGAAAUAAUGCACUUUCCGUGAAACGGGUACAACGAUUUUAGUGCAUGUUUAGAGUAUAAUCCUGUGCCGAUUUUCCACUGCAGAAAAAAAAAACAGUUCGAACUAUAUAUAAAAGGUUCUUUGUUUGCUAGACGUCGAGAUUAUCUGAGCUACUUUAUAGAAGUCAGCAGCAACGAUAAUCGCAACAGAAUUCUAUAAAUCUGCGUGUUUGCGUCGGAAAAGUGCAGUUCUGUAAAAUGAUUAAGGAAAUGUACUUCAAUCUCGUCAUUGCUUGGCUGGCUGUACUGUUACCAGCGAACAGUUAUCCACUGGAGCCAAAUGCGAAAAAUGCAUGCGAAUUUAUCAGAAAUGUUGCCCGAUUUCCUCACGAUGAGAAUGCUUGGUGGGAAAAGAGUAAAAUUUUGGCCAACUCUAUAUUGGAUAAUAAAAUGUAUUAUAAAAGAUCAUAUCGUUCCUGUAACCAAUAUGUUGCUUCCCUACAAAAUCUAAAAAAUCGUGGAAAUGAAUUAAGUGCAUCCAGUCCUUGGGCACAAAUAGUUGAAUAUCUUAACGCAUCCUCACAGGAAUAUGAAGGUGGUCCGUGUAGUGAAGAGGAACCCUACAGUUAUAUAUACUCAAGUAACAUUAAAAACAUGAAAAACGAUAUACGCGAAUUGAGUCAAAGUUUAAAAGAUCAGAUCGAAUAUCAUAGUUUGGUGGCACAAAUUAAUACGAAUGCUGAUACGGUUAUAAAUACAUUAUCUGGUUUCUCUAUUCCGAUGCUGAAGUAUUUAACACGAUUUCCUUUGGCAAAGUGUACUCUACCCAAUUGAAGAAAUCCCAUUUAAAAGAAAUC